UCAAACUUCUCAACUGAAAACAUGAAGAAGCAAGGCUCAGACGGCAAUCCUGCUCCAGUUAUGCCAGCGCUGCCAGAACCAUUAAAAGAUCUGAAAAUUAAGUACACAAAGAUAUUUAUAAACAAUGAAUGGCAUGAUUCAAUCAGUGGUAAAAAAUUUGCAGUCUUUAACCCCGCAACUGAAGAGAAAAUCUGUGAGGUUGAAGAAGGUGACAAGGCAGAUGUGGACGAGGCAGUUAAAGCAGCUAGAAAGGCUUUCGAGCUCGGGUCAACCUGGCGUACAAUGGAUGCUUCAGAGCGAGGAAGGCUCUUGAAUAAACUAGCUGACUUAGUGGAAAGAGAUCGUCUGAUUCUAGCUACAAUGGAAACCAUUGAUGGUGGGAAGCUCUUUUCCACAGCCUAUCUAAUGGAUUUGGGUGCUUGUAUCAAAACUUUACGCUACUGUGCAGGCUGGGCUGAUAAAAUCCACGGACGUACUGUUCCAAUGGAUGGAAACUUUUUUACAUUUACAAGACAUGAGCCUAUUGGGGUGUGUGGCCAAAUUAUUCCUUGGAACUUCCCAUUGGUUAUGUUCAUCUGGAAGAUUGCCCCUGCCCUUUGCUGUGGAAACACGGUGGUUGUCAAACCAGCAGAACAAACUCCACUCAGUGCCCUUUACAUGGGAUCCUUAAUUAAAGAGGCAGGAUUUCCACCUGGAGUAGUGAACAUUGUGCCAGGCUUUGGACCCACUGCUGGAGCAGCAAUUUCUCACCAUAUGGAUAUAGAUAAAGUAGCGUUCACAGGCUCUACAGAGGUUGGCAAACUGAUUAAAGAAGCAGCAGGGAAGAGCAAUCUGAAGAGAGUUACCUUGGAACUUGGAGGAAAAAGUCCUAACAUUAUAUUUGCCGAUGCAGAUUUGGAUGCUGCUGUGGAAUUUGCCCAUAUUGGUCUGUUCUAUCACCAGGGACAAUGUUGUAUAGCAGGAUCUAGGAUUUUUGUGGAAGAGCCUAUUUAUGAUGAGUUUGUUCGCCGGAGCAUUGAAAGAGCAAAGAAGUACACUCUUGGGGAUCCUUUGAAGCCUGGGGUACAGCAAGGCCCUCAAAUUGAUAAGGAGCAGUUUAAAAAAAUCCUGGAGCUAAUCGAGAGUGGGAAAAAGGAAGGAGCCAAACUGGAAUGUGGAGGAGGUCCAUGGGGAGACAAGGGUUACUUCAUACAGCCCACAGUUUUUUCUAAUGUUACGGAUGACAUGCGCAUCGCCAAAGAAGAGAUAUUUGGACCUGUUCAACAAAUCAUGAAGUUUAAAACUGUAGAUGAGGUUAUCAAGAGGGCAAAUAAUACCACCUAUGGCUUAGCAGCAGCAGUUUUUACCAAAGACAUUGAUAAAGCACUGACAUUUGCAGCUGCCCUUCAGGCUGGAACAGUAUGGAUUAAUUGCUAUAGUGCAUUGUCUGCUCAGUGUCCCUUUGGAGGUUUUAAGAUGUCAGGAAAUGGACGAGAAAUGGGAGAAUAUGGACUUCAUGAAUACACAGAAGUUAAGACUGUCACGAUCAAAAUCCCUCAAAAGAACUCGUAA